AAUUUAAGUCGUGACUUGAUGUAUUCAAGAACUCGGUUGAAGUGACAGAGAGUACUAUUUUCUCAGUGGAACAUGUUACUGGUAAGUCUGACAGUUUGACCAUCCGUGGAAAAAUGUGCCAGAGUCUAGAUCCGAGCCCAGGCGAACACAUUGCCUAUAUGUCAGCCGCUAUUAUGCAUCAACCAUGCGGGGUAUUUACUGUGGCCACCUGUUUGUUUGUCGUGCAGAUUCAGAUUUUCACUCGUGCCCAGGAAUCCUUGUAUGUGCUGGCAAGAGAUUUGCUGGGUUGCUUGCCUGUACUCCGACGAAGAGGUCGAAGAGGCUAGAAACUGGAAGGAGGGAACUCGAGGAAAUCAGCUUCCAUCUCCGUAGUUUACUGAAGUCUGGUUUUUUAGUCUUUACAAGCCUUCCAUCCCUCACGGGUGCGCAGUACAGAUGGUCCAAUGUCUGGACUCCUGUGAAAUGUCAAUCGUGAGAACCGCCACGUCCUAUAUGUAGAUUGGCUUGUGAUCGGUGAUCCAGCUAUUUUGUGGCGUAAGCCACACCCUGUUAUUUGUAUGAUUGGCAUAAGCCGA